UACUCGUGGUACUGUGCUCCGCGAAGAAAUCAGCGCCGUGCAAGAGGUAACAGAUCUCCUGACCUUGGAUGCACGACACGCGAGCAGGGUAGCGCCAUGGUCACAAUUCUGCCACGGACUGCAGGGUCUUGAGACUUUGGGAGCGCUCAGAAACUCGGCCGGGACCGAACCAAAUAGUUUGUUCGACAACUCAACGGUGCUGAAGGCUUUGAACUCAACGAAUGUCUGGUGGCUGCUCACUGACGGCGAGAUCUCUCAGGGCUCAAUCGAACGCUUCUCGGUCAACAUCAGCAGAGCCAGGCUGCACGGGAAAGCCUGCGUCAUCAUCCUCUUCGGCCACCGGAAGCCGAAGCCAGAAGAUUGUAAUAUCUCUGUCGGAGUAUCACUCUUUGCCUUAGUGCCCGACUGUCUCUUCCUCUUUCACGAUGUCAAGACGCACGAGGUGUUCGUUUUGCAGUCGAAAGGCGCUCUUGGCUCGAUCAACAAUCACCAGUCAGUCUCCCAAGAGAUCAACGACUGGACCACCUGGUCGGAUCUGAAGACCAUACGCUACUCCGACUUCGGGAAUAUCACUAUUCCGGAGCCAGCAAAACUCGACGCGGGUGAAGUAAUGUUGCAGGACGGCAGCAAAGUGAGCUUGGCACAGCUAUACCGCGACGAGAUCAAUGGCGAACAAGUGCGGACUAUCCUGGGCAACGAUGACAAUUUGAAUACAGUGAUGUUGACUGCAACAGCGCGAGGAGAGGCCAACUUAGUUGAGGACUGGCUGAAAGGCCAACGCAGACUUCCACCUGAAGCUAUCAACGCCUACCGUGUCGAUGUAGAGAAAAAAGCCGAGCAUUGUCAGCCAUAUUGUAGGCAAGCUCAUGAGCUAUGGGUGUCUGCCUAG